AUGUUCUUUCAAGGAUCUCUUCAGGAUGGUAUUGCCCUCGCUGUGCGAGAGGCCAAGGCUGUGGUGUGCUUUGUCCGAGACGACGAGCAACUGAGCUCAACAUGGGAGGAGGAGUAUCUUACUGGUGAUGAGGUUGCACCGGUCCUCGACGCCAAAGCGGUCAUUUUGCGCCUGGCUGCUGGGACCCAAGAAGCCGGUUUCUUGACCACUUUCUGUCCCAUAGCAAAGUUUCCGACGGUUGUUGUCAUUAAGAAUGGCACGCUGCAAGAGUACCUAACGCCCGAGGUUUCGAAAGACGAAUUGAAGCGUCGCCUAAUCGCAGUCUUGGAAGGUGGUCGAGACAUCCUUAAAACUCAGCAGUCACAACAGAGCAGUCCUGUACCUACGAAUAGCAACACUACAACCAUGGCUAAUUCAAAUGCUGACGCGCCUGUGACAUCCAUUGCCUCCAAUACCCCAUCAAGACAACAAGCCCGUCAUUGCCCAAGCGAUUCCCAAAUAUUUGCCCAACACCCAUCCCAAGCGAGCACAAGAAUGAGCGGUCCCUCAGCACAGAAGCCUUCAGAGAAAUCGGAACCGCUGAAGCAGCAGCCACUGAAAGAUAGUCCGAGAGAGAAAUCGAAGGGCAAGCAACCAGCGGCACCAGUACAGAAAUCCCAAAUGAAGGCAAAUAAGAAGCCACCACCUGCAGUCGAAGAGCCAAAGCGACAGAUACCAGUUCCUCGUGGACCUCCAAGCCAGUAUCGACUCCAGACUAUCCGCGGUGAUGUUCGUCCCUGGUUAGAUGGAGAAAUGGGGGAUGACAACCGCCCAUACAACCUCAAACACAUCUUGACGCCUCUUCCAAAUCGGACCCUCUCUGUUGCCGAGGAAUCGCAGACACUGCAGGAAUUGAGUCUGGGCUCUACUGCAACUCUCGUCAUGCUUACGCGUCAGCUGGCUCAUUGCCCGCGCGGGGGGAUCUCUGCGGUGUAUAAUGUGGUAUCAGGUGUUGCCAGUACCGCUACAGGUAUUGUAGGCUCAAUCCUUGGAUACGGAUCCAGUGCACCAGCGAGCGAGGUGCAACCUGCUCCUCCUCCGCCGGGUCAGCAUGCUCAGCGACCACGCCCAACCGGAAUGAAUAUUCGCACGCUGCGGGACCAGCAGACUGAACGGGGCGAUAGUCAGUUCUACAACGGAAACCAGUUGAACUUUGAACCACGGAACAAAGAGGACAAGGAUAAUUAG